CGGUUGGAUAUUUAGCAGAUCCCAGCUAAUAAGACCAUGGAAGGGUAUUACUCAUGUAGCUGUUGCCUGGUGCGCCCUCCGGACAAAGGCCUCAAGACACUAUACAAUCAUCUCGGCAAAGCAGAGAUAUAUUACGACAUGCUGAGAGAAUGUUUCGGUUUAAAUCUAAGUUUAGGAAAUGACGAGUGUGGGAUCUGUGAAGUGUGCGUGGCGCGGCUGCGGGACGCGAGCGACUUCAAGCUGCAAGUGCAGCGUGUACAGGACGUACUGCACAAGCGGCUCACGGGAGCGCUCCCUGCCACUGCUGGUGACAACAUCAAAAUCAAGUUAGAGAAACCGACUGGAGAUGACGCCACUUCACGUGGGAUUAAGCAGGAGAAAACAGAAGCAGAGAUGGCUGACAGCAACGUCGUAUCAGUUGCAUUGCAAGAAGGUUCGUCAGCGCCUUGUGCUCAACCCGUUCCUACCGCGUCCCGCAGCGUCUCGGUCGCGCCAGCCCCGAAUGUUACCAGGCGCCGCUCCCACACUAGAGAGAAACCUUACGCGUGCAAGAUAUGUGACAAAAGAUUCGGACAGAAGGGCCACUUAAAUACUCAUCACGCAUACCACAUGGGAAAGUUUAAAUUUUCUUGCGAGUUAUGCAAAAGGGGAUUCGUACAAAAAUAUGAAUAUGCCACUCAUAUGCGGAUACACACUGGUGAAAAACCAUACGAAUGUGAUAUAUGCAAUAAAAAAUUUAGACAAAAGGGCAACUUAAAAAUACAUCAAAAUAGUCAUUUGAAAUAUGAUCAUAAUCGCAUAGAGCCAGGAGAAAUAACUGCAUGCAAGAAGGAGUCGUCAGAAGAAUCAGAAGAUCAAGUGCCCGCAAAAUGUUUUACGUGUGAUAUAUGCAAAAAGCAAUUUGUGGAUAAAAACUAUUUAGAUGCUCAUUCAAAACAUCACUCUGGAGAUUAUCCGUUCACUUGCGACAUUUGUACAAGGAAAUUUAGUACUCAGUUUGCCUUGAAUACACAUAAAUUUGAUCACACGGGAGGGAAACCUUUUAAGUGUGAAAAAUGCAAUAAAAGUUAUAGAACUAAAAGUGCUUUAAAUACUCAUUCGUUAGCUCACACAGAGGGCUAUAAGCACGCGUGUCACGUGUGUGACAAACGAUUCAUAGUAAAGCAGAAUUUGAACAUACAUAUGCGCGUACACACGGGAGAAAAACCUUAUACCUGUGCAACAUGUCAAACUAAGUUUCGCUCUAGACAUUGCUUACAAAAACAUUUGUUAGAGAAACACAACCAAGUAAUUGACAAACAGUUCAGUUGUGAUACUUGUGGGAAACGAUUUGCAUUACAGGGGACUUUAGAGAAACAUGAACAAACACACUGAGAAAGAAACGGGAGAUAAAAAGAAAGAACUAGCAUUUAUGUGUGAAAUAUGUAGCAAACGAUUUUCGACGAUAAGUAUUCUUAAAUACCAUAGAGAAAUACACAAUGAAGAAAGGCCUUUCGAGUGCGAAGUAUGUCAUA